CCCAGUUGAGAAGAACGGUUUGCUUCCGGGAACAGUCAGUUUGCCUACUAAGAUGGCGACAGCAUCAGCUCAGCCAAACGAAAGAGAGUGUCCGGUGUGCAUGAAUGAAUUCGAGACACCAAAGAUUCUACCGUGUGGUCAUCUCCUGUGCCGAAAAUGUGUUCUUCCGUUGUGUAAAACUAAUGCUUGUCCGCUGUGUAGAUGUCAAAUUGUUGAUUCACCGUAUCACUGGAUGUUAAAAUUUAAAAUGAUGAAGAUAGAAAACGUUGUCAACAACCUGCCGACAGAUUACAUGAUGGAAGCACUGGUGCAGAGUGCUCGUGUGCUGAGUAAAGAUCCCGUAUGUUCCACAUGCGAUGCCAACAACAAGGCUGAGUUUAUCUGUAUGCAGUGCCUGGACAUGAUGUGUUCAUCAUGUCACAAGAUACACAAGAAGAUGUCAGUGUCCCGCAGUCACGAUGUGGAGAGUCUCUCCUCUGUGACACCUGAGCGUCUGGCUGCUAGCGGCCCCCCGCUGUGUGCUGACCACGGCGACAAACAGUUUCUCUUUUGUCAAGAUCACGGACUCGCUCUCUGUGCAUCCUGUAAAGAUGAAAGACACAGUCAAUGUCAAGCAGUUAACAAGCUGGACGACGAAAUGAUAUCAGCAAAGAAGUCUCUGGACACGUUGAUUGACCAGGUAACUAAGGAGGAGGAAAAGCUGAAAAAAGAAAUUGCUGAGAUGGACUCACUUGUCAAAGACGUGGACAUCAGCAGACACGAAGACAUGGCGCAGAUAGACAAAGCAUGUGACCGUCUCCAAAUCCUGGUGGAAGAAUUCUGUAUUAAUAUGAAAAGACAAUCCGAAGCGUCUCAUAACUCUUCCAAACAAAACCUUUGUCGCAACAAGAACAGAUGCAGUGAAAAGCUGGCAAGUGUGACAUCACAUAAGCGCAUCAUCUUUAAAGCCAAAGAAGUGUCGCCACGGCCAGCACUGAUCCACCUGGCGAAGGCUCUCACAAACAGGGUCAACUAUGUUGAAAACUCAUACCAUCAGUUCAUGACUCCGUCAAGAGUUGGGACAAGUUGUGAGGAUAUGGUUCGAAAAAUCGAGGAAAUGUUGAACAAGAGUUUAAUGUACUAGUGUUAUACUGAAUUUGAAUGAUCUGUAUAGAAUAUUGACAAAGACAGAUUUCUAAUAAAAACAAAUGUUUACUAUUUCAGUUUUUAGAAUAAUUAGUAUUCCUUGCUUUAUUUUGUCAUAGUCUUUUAAAUAUUUGUUUGUUAAGUACUUAUGCGAUUAAUCAUUGUUUUUACUAUAAUAACAUUAGCAGCCCUUUAGAUGUAGAAUAAACUGCAGGUGUGUUAAGGUCUAAACUGUGUUUAUGUACACUUUCCUGUCUUUCGAAAAUAGAAAAUAAAAUGUUCGGAAUAUUUA